GUUGUACCGGUGCAUGUGCCGAGUGGCGAACAGAAAUGUUAUCAAGCUAGCGGGCCCACUUCAGCUACUUCAGUCAUGGAUUUUCUGGCGAUUUCCUCGGUUUAGGCCUGCAGGAUUUGAGACGUUCAGCUGGCCAUUGGCCUCGAGGUGGUCAGGUUACAUCCCUUCCAGUAGCGAGAAGGGUCCUAGAGUUCAGAUGUGGAGGCUAUGGAUAGACCGGUUGCAGGACAGAGAGUUUAUCUGGAUGCCGUACAGCAGCCCCGACGUACUUCAGGUUGUGCAUCCAGAGGUUUUGGAGCCUCGACAUAUGGUGCUGUGGCGGUCUGUUACAUCGCUUAUCUACUUUGCCGUCAUAGAGUGGCAUCAGAUAGAUAGGGUUCUUCCGCAGUUUGGAGGGGUGCAGCCCCGUCCACAGGCCGCCCUGAACAUCGACUUUCUGAUGUCGAAGGACGGCAGAGGCGGCGAUCGAUGGUUCCCGUCCCAUUUGGAGAAGUGGCAUCUGUAUUGGGACUCCCGUACGGAGAGCGUGCUGAGGUUCGAUGUUGUUGCUGACCCUGGUCCGUCGCAUGAGUUCUUGGAGUGGUGGAGUCAGUACGGGAAGAGGUUUUUGUCUCCAGAUCCGCAGUUGGGCGAUCCGAGAGCCGUUGCUAUUCCUGUUGAGGCCUCACAGCGGGGAGCUGGGCGAGUUCCUGAGAUGGAUCGACCUGACGACGUGCCGGACAGGCGGCGGGUUGAUAGGAGAGCUCGCGUGGGCACACGGCGUAGCCAGCGUGACUGGGGGUGGCUAGAGCGUGCUAUAGAGAAUGAUGACGAGGCCGGCCCCGCUGGGGGUCGACGACGACGCCAUCCUGGCAGAGGUAGAGGGCGUGCUGCGGUUCAUGCCGCUGCACCUGACCCUGAGGACGAUGAGGAUGAUCAGCAUGGGCCCGAGGGCGGGGAUGGUGCAGGGGCGGCUGCAGUUGUUGGUGUUAGUACCCAGGAUGGGGUGCACGGAGGUGAGUGGUAUGGCUCAGGGAUGGGUGACGGGGCUGAGCCUAGUGACGCUGGACUUGGGUCGGGUCCUUUUGGACAUUACUUUGUUGGAGUACCCACCGACGACCAGCCUCAGCAGGACGGUACUCCAUGGGUUAUUCCCGGAUCACAGUGGCAGGACUUCCUUGGGGCAGAUACGCUUGAUGCGGACUUCGGCAGUCCACGGUUUCUAGAGGAGAUUACGGCUAUCAUGCAAGAGGACGAGCCGGGCAGGAGGCGUCCUCAGACCCGGGCACGCAGGCACCCUUAGAUGUUGAUCUGAACGAGCCUGCUACGACACCUGUUGGUGACCAGUUUGGUUUGGGAGGUACCCCACAUUCCGCUUACACCGCUGCAUCACAGUCUGUCGCCGGGCCGUCUGCCGCACCUGUCCAUUUUACGCCACCCGCACAGCCUGCCCCGCAUGAGGACGCAGAUGAGAUAGAGGAUGAGGAGCCGUUUAUCCGCAGAGGUCAGAGGCCACGGGUACCCCGUCGUUGUGGGACAGACUCCCACUUGUUUAGAUGAUUUACUUUUCAUGUAUUUUGGACGUUAGGGUUCACUCAUGUACCUGACCCAUGUGGAUUACUGUUGUUACUUUAGAGCUGUUUUUCCUUGUUGUUUCUUCAUCUUAUUGUACUUAAAAAUCUGGUAUUUACCUAGUGGAUUACUGAAUAUGUAUUAUCAUUGAAUCAUAUAACACUUUAGUUAUCAACUUUUGCAUU